AUGAAUGGGCCUCGACCGUCGGAAUCCUCGCCAGGAUCAGGACGUGAGAGUCCCAGUGAGAACCGUGCGCCUAUUGUGACCGGCGUGGAGACCGCACAGCAGUCCUUUAUGCCUAGUGCAGCAGCAUCUGGAAUCGCGGCUGUGACUUCUGGGAUCUCGAAUCUUGCGGUAUUAAAAAAUGAGUCCCCUGAAAAGGAAGCGAGCAAACCUAAGCCGAUGGAGGUGGAAAUGGAAUGA